ACACAACGUACGGGAUCACAAAAAAUAAAAAUAGAGCAUACCACAUAUCGUAUAUAAUGUCUGAAAAGGCCGGUUCGAACAUCGGUCACAGCGAAUUCCAAAAGUGCUGUCAAAAAGUGAUCGGUCAGUUAACACCUGAAACUCUAGAUAAGCUGAACGAAAGUAAAGAUGAAGAGACUAGAGUUCGGUUACUAUACGAAGCGGUUACGAAGAUCGAGAUAACACCAGACAAAGAUAGGGGGAAGUCUUAUGAACUUGCUCUAGAAGGAAAAAAUGUCGGAAAUUCGUUUUUUGCAAAAAAGGAGCACCAAAAAGCUUUAAAGACUUAUAACAUGGCGAUUGUGCUCUGUCCGCAGGAUACAAAUGAAUCCAGAGAACUACUGACAAUCCUCAUAUCAAACAGGAGUGCAACUUACUUCGAACUCAAAGAAUAUAAAAAAGUUCUGAACGAUAUAGACUACCUCAUCGAAGUAGGGAACUACCCUCAACAUCUACAGUACAAGGUAUGGCUGCGCAAAGCAAAAUCUUACGAUGCUCUCGGGAACGAAAGAUUGUCUUCGGAUGCUUUUAACCAAGCGGUAGAGAGUUUGAAGCACAGCAAGCUGGAUGAGGAGGCUAUGGAAGCAAAGUUGAAGGAAAUUGAUACCGCAAGAAAAACGAAGGUGAAUAAGGUGGACAAGCACGGUUUAGAACUGGUCCCAAGCUCCAGCCCGGAGAUCUUCGUUGGAGCCAAGGAAUACAUUGCUGCCCAUCCCAAGGUGGCAUUCGAACAGGACGCUUACCAGGGCAGAUUUGCAAUCGCUGCAGAAGACAUUGAAGCAGGCACUGUUAUCGUUGAAGAAAAUCCCCACUGCUCAGUGGUAGAUUCUGAGCAUGCUCUGAAUAACUGUCAGUACUGCUUCGUGUCUGUCGAACAACCAAUAGCAUGCCCUAUGUGUGCACACGUUGUUUUUUGUAGCACGAUAUGCGAGAGGCUUGCCAAUAAAGGUUUUCAUAGAGUCGAAUGUCCUGUUUUAGAGGUCUUAUUCAAGAAUGGUGCAUCAGUAAAUUGCCUCCUAGCGAUGAGGAUUGUCAGCCAAAGGCACUAUUCCUUCUUCAACGACAAAAAGAAUAAACUAAAAGACUACCUAAGGGACAAUUGCAAGAAGAGCAUUAUAAAAAAGAAGAACUAUAGAUUCGACGACUACGACAAUGUGUUCUUCCUUUGUCGCAAUGAACAUCUCAGAAGCAGGAACGACUUGUUACACUACACCUGCAUGUCAAUUUACUUGCUGCGACUGUUGAAGACUACAAAGUACUUUCCGUUUGAGGUCACAGAUGAGGCUCUAACGGAUGACGAGGCAUACAUCGGAGGUUUAAUCUUGAGGCAUUUGCAGUUACUGCAAUUCAAUGCGCACGAAAUUUCAGAACUGGCAAAUAAUGAAAAGGUCGUUAUGCAGGUGGGAUUUCAAGCUAGGUAUGAGAAUGUUACUAUCGGAGCUGGAUUGUAUCCCACUUUGGCGCUGUUUAACCAUUCCUGUGAUCCUUCAAUUGUCAGGUACAAUGUAAAAAACAAGAUGGUCGUGAGGACUAUAAAGCCCAUAAAAGCGGGUGAAAUAAUCUACGAGAACUACGGUCCUUUAUACAUGACCCAAUCAACAGAACAACGACAGGAGGUGUUGAAGAAAAGCUAUUGGUUCGAGUGCCUGUGCAUACCAUGCGUUGAGAUGUGGCCGACCUUCAACGAAAUGCAUGAAAACGAACUAAGGAUACCUUGCGCUACCGAAAAAUGUCCUUUUGUAUUCAGUGUCAGAACUGAGGAUGAUCCAUUUUUGACUUGCGAUUACUGUAAGAAGAUUACUUCUAUUUUGCCUGCUGUCAAAGGACUAAUGAUUUUAGAUGAAAUAUUACCCGAAGCAGAAGAACUGUUUGGCAAUGGAGACCUAGAAAAUGCGAUGCACAAAUUUCUGCAAGGUUUGGAAAUCUUGUACAAACAUACCAGACCACCUCAUCCGGAAAUCAUCAAGGUGCAACACAGGAUACGCGCGUGCAUGAUACAUAAAGGCAACAAGUCUCAUCAUUAUAAGUUUUUGGAUUUUGUGUAGAUUUUGUAAUGGAGGAAAUAAAAUAAGCCUCAAGAUAUAAUUUGAACUUUCAUUAACGCAUUAUGCAAUCCAAAUCGACACAGAUCGUUAUAUCUUAAUAUGCGACCUGAAUAGAAAACUCUAAACACUUUUACAAGGAACUCGUGGUCAAGUAUUUGUGUAGUGCUCGAAGCAAGUCGACUUGUAGCUGGUACGACUUCAAUGUGGUAAAAUCUGGAAUGCUAGAAAUAGAUGGCACUAGUUUGAUCUCCAACCAAACAAGCGUCGCCUAGCGGGAGCAAAAUUGCUUCUACGAUUAGAUGCAGCACAUUGCUUUGCACCUAAAAUCGCAUGAUAAGAAUCGACAUGUGUAAGUGCUACUUAAGGCAAACUUGAUUUGACACUUGACAGGCAUCAUUUUUGACUUUGACAAUUCGCCAAGGUUGACUUUUUAAAAUAAUUUAAAGAAAUAUCAAAUAGUUUCUUGGCUUAUUACCAACUACAAACUCCAACAGUAAUGCCCGUAAAGGAUUUAGAAAAAAAUACCAACGAAGCAAAUGGCAAUAUCAACGAAAAUCAACCAGUCAAAGAAAUUACUCAAACAGACAAAUUAAAUAAACGACUUUUACAGUCAUUUCUGAUCAAGAUAAAUCAAGGGGAUCAUAAGUAUUUUAAUAACGCCCAAAGUCAGCAGCCUGAUUCAUGUGGACACCCACAAGAACCCGAUUUUUCAUAAAUGCAAAUAACCUAAUUUAAUUUUGUAACAUAACCUAGAAUAUCAACAAAAACGCGGGAAAUCUGUCCGUAACUGCCCAAAAGAUUACACAAAUUGCACGUCUACGCACAAUAGAGAUUUUAAAAUGUCUUCAGAUGAAGAAUCAGUCCACUCCAUAGUAGAAGAAGUAGAAAAUGAACUGGACCUGCACCCUGAAGAUGACAAUGCUGAAGGUACUGAAGAACAACCAACUGAGGAAGCCAAUGGUAGCCAAAAUGCAGAAGACGAGGCUGAGGAAGAAAGAGCAAAAAAUGUAGUGAAACCAAAACGAGUUGUUAAGAACCCACAGCCAAAGUUGAAUGAACAAACCUUACGAGGACCUAGGGGCCUGAGUGCUAUUGAAGGUUACUUCCAGAGAGUCAAGUUCAAAGGAAAGGGUCAUGAAGAGCAUGAUUUGAAUAUGCUGAUGAAGACAUAUGAAUAUUGGUGCCACAGACUGUUCCCAAAGUUUCCCUUUGAUCAUUGCAUUGCUCGUUUGGAAACAUUGGGCACCAAGAAGGGUACACAGACCCUUCUCAAACUGAUCAGAAUGGAUAUGGCAACAGACACACAUAUUGUCAGUGACAAUGAGGAGGAACAAGAAGAUAAUCAUCAAGAAUCCACAGAGCCUACACAAGAUGCAUUUGACCAAUUAUUACCAAGCACAAGUGGUACUCAGGCCCAGAGUACAAAUGACAGUCAAGAACUGCCAGAAGAUAUACAGGACAGAAUUAGGCAAAAUAGAGAACGUGCAGAAAGACUUAGACGAGAAAGGAUCAUCCAACGCCAAAUUAAUCACUUCCAGUUUCUCUUGAACAGUACGCCGGACACCAAGGCCUCUAACUACGGGAAGUUUGGCAAUUCCAUAUUUUGGGGUUACAGAAGGCAAGGGAUCAAGCAGCAGUUUCUUUACCAGGAUCCAGUAGGAUAACAGAAUCUCAAAGCAUCCAAAAUCAAGUGUCGGUCAAUGGAGAUGUUGCUGAUAGUCAAACUGGGAAAAAUAAUGAAGUAGGAACUAUUGAUGACCUUUUGGAUGAAAUUAAUAGUAAAGAUUUCAACAGUGAGAAACACAAAAAUUCAGCAGUUGUAGACAGUGACGAAGAAGCUGAUCAAAAUGAUAUUCCUGACAAAAAUAAAUCAUCUGACCAUACUCAAAAUAGCUCUGCAAAUGCAAAAAAAUUACUAUCAGAAUCAAUUGAAGAUGAUAACAAUCAUUCCAGAACUCACAAAAGAUGUUCUAGUGAAACCAUUGAUCCAGAAUCUGAAGCUAAUUCAAACAAGAGAGUUAAAGUGAAUGGUAUAUAUGACAGUGAUGAUGAAGAUGAAAAAAGAAUAAGGAAAAAGAAAACAAAACUGAUGGAUAGCGAAGAAUCAGAUACUGAAGGAACAAUGAAUGAUAUAAAUACCAAAGAAAACUCUGACAAUAAGAAUCACAGUGAAGAUGAAAAAAUUAUAAAGAAAAAGAAAGCAAACCUGAUGGACAGUGAAGAAUCAGAGACUGAAGGAACCAUUGACCAGUUGCUGGAUGAUAUAAAUACCAAAGAAAACCCUGACAAGAACCAUGAUAGUGAAGAUGAAGAUCUACAUGAGGAUCACAAAAUACGUAUCAAAACAAAACGAAAGGUUAUAGAAAGUGAUGAAGAAGAAAAUGACAGUAAUUCCAGAAGAGACAAAAUGGAAGAUACAAAACACAGAAAGAAAACAAACCUAAUAGCAAGUGAUAGUGAAUCUGAUAAUGAAAAUGAUAUCAACAGAGAUAAUAUGGUUCAACAGUCACAAGAUAAAUCUCAUCACAUCAAUAAUUCUACCAUUGAUCAUAUGGAUAAGAAUGUGUAAAAACCCAAAAGAAAAAUCAGCUGCACUUGAUGAAAAUAGGCAAGAUAUGAGUAACAAAGAUGCAGAUACUUAUCCACUGUCAGAUGAAAUUAACAGCUAGGAAACAUGUGAGGCCAGUCAAUUCUUCAUGUUGAAAAAUAUUAAGUGAUUUUUUUGGGUUCAUAACCAAUCAAGUAAUAUUAAUGUGUUCAGAAAUCCUUGUUUCAAAUUAAAUUAAGUGUCCAUUUAAGUUGAGUUGUAAUAUCUUUGGAAAACAUGGGAUUCUGGGUUAUGUUGCAAAAGAAAAUUAAACUAUUAACGUAAAACCUUAUUUAAUAAAUCACAUUUUUUGUAUUACUACGCUAAUGAAAAAUAUAUAUACAAGCAAUAACA